CUGAAAUCUUCUCCAUCCUUUCGUUUCACUUCUCACCAUGGUGCCGCGGCCCAGCGAAGCGGCGCCCGUUUCACCGCCCCCGCCCACCGAAGCGCCGGAGACACCCCGCAAGGCGCACGAAGCGAGGAAACGCGUAUCGGUCUCCUCCCUGGCGUCCUCCGUGGAUUCGGAGCUUCUCCGCGCGGUGCCACUGAAUUUGGUGUUGGCAGGUUGUGGGAAGGCCUGGAUCAAUCAGGCCGAUGAAUAUCACCGGAGUGAGCGUGUCAAUGCGAUCGAUGCAUUUUUGAGUCAUGACUGGGGGACGAGGCGGUGGCUGAAAACAGCCACUUUGCUCGUCUAUUUCAAUAGUGUGCCGGCCGCAGUGGCAAGUUUGCUGAUGUGCAUCUUGGUUUGCGUCCUCAUCAUCUUCAGGGUCUUAGACGGAUGGCUCCCCGGUACACUCGCCAUCCACGGUGCUUACUGGUUUGUCUUUGUGUACUGGCAGAGCAUUCGCGGCCUUUACAAGAAGAACAUGGUUUUUCUUGAUCGAACUUGCAUUGCACAGCAUGAUACGGAUCUGAAGAAGCAAGGGAUCCUCAGCUUGGGUGGCUUCCUUUCCAAGUCCCGAAAGCUUGUGGUCCUGUGGAGUCCACGCUAUUUCACCCGUUUGUGGACGGCCUUCGAAUUGUCGGCCUUUUUGAGGGAAGAUGUGGGUAGAGCGAAAGAUAUUCUCUUUGCCCCAGCAAGCAUGGGUCCACUACUUCUGUACUUUUCAGUGUUCGAAACGCUGCUCAUCACCAGCUUCCACUUGUUCCUAGAACGCUAUGUCCAGUCUGUGCUGCAAGAACAAACCACAUAUUUGCAACAAGACAAAGGCAGCCUGUCAGGCUUGGGGCAUCUCACAGUUGCGAUGCUCGUCAUUUGCGCGCCAGCCUUUCUGGUGAUUGCACCCCUAGUGCUUUACCUUGGCACAAUGCAGAUGAAGGCUUUGCUGCAGCUGAGAAAACAGCUGGAUGAUUUUAAGAUUCGACAUGCUCAGUGCAGCUGUUGUCAGAUGGACCAUCGCCAUCCUGACACUGGAGAAGAGAUCUUGUGUGACCGCAUGCUGGUCUUCCAAACAUUGAAAAGAUGGUAUCCCAACGAAACGUCUUCGGAUGCUUAUCUGGACCGAUUUGAUGAGAUGGUUCACACUAAGCUCGGUGGCUUUGUGGGACAUGUCUUAGGAGCAGGUGCUCCACCUUUGCGACACGUCGUGGCCAUCACCGUGCAUCCGUUGCUUGGUUUCUUGUGCUUUUACGUCUACCUGACUGUGAAUGAACACCUUUUUCCCUGGUCUGCCCUUGGCUGGAUGAUCGGCUGGUUUCAGGCUCCUCCUAUGGUGUACCUCGCAUUCUGGGAGUUCUUGCAACUUUGGAGGAUGGGCGCUCGCUUCUCAAGCGCUCGAUGCCCCCUGUGGCUGAUCUUGUUCCUCGGAGCGGCGACCGGCAUCGGUUUCAAUGUUGCGGUCUGGUUGCAGUACAAUCUUUUUAAAUAUACCUUUGGGCAUGAUUUCAAUUGGCCUGUAGUUGGCUCCCUCAUCUUCAUGUGGGUGGUUUUCAUCAUCCCAUACAUUUGGGAAUAUUUUCCCAAUAUUUUGAAGCAAAGGAGGAACGGUAUCUGAAAGGUUGAGGUUCCGCAUGUCCCGUUCCAUGGUCUUGUGAGUGUUCGUAGCGAUUCUAGCUGCUAGAUUGAAUAUGACAGAAUCAUUUGCCGUUGAAGAGUGCGGAACAUGAGUGGUCUCACCAACUCUAUGUUUCACAGGAUGUGGAGGAAGCAGAAGACAGAAAUGAGAAGCAUGUGAUUGCCACGUGGCCAUGGAGGUCGAAAGGAUCGCCUCGCCGAUGCUUCAUCGCCGAUGCCGGAACGCAGUGGGAUGUGCGAGCGAGUUUCGGACCUCCCACCCUGCAGGCCCCAGGCCCCCCUGCACCCGAUUCCGAAACCACGCGA